AAUUCCUGUUUCAGCAAAUGAAAGCAACACGUUGGUUCCGAAUGCGGAAGUGGGCGUGGACUCUUACCGGAAGUUGUCGCGAACCUGCGUUGCUGAAUGAGUAGGGAAACGUUUGAACGUGACCACGCCGAGCAGAGAAAAUAUCAAUUAUAACAAGCUUGAAAGCAGAUUCAUUGUUAUCAUGGCUGAUGAUGAAGGAUAUGUCGUCCGUGUUCGAGGUUUACCUUGGUCGUGCUCUGUAGAAGAAGUUUCCAGGUUUUUUUCAGGCUGCAAAAUUGCCAACAAUGGAACAGCCAUUCAUUUCACAUACACACGAGAAGGACGACCGAGUGGAGAAGCGUUUGUGGAGCUGGAGUCAGAGGAAGACCUGAAAAUUGCAGUCAAAAAAGACAGAGAGUCAAUGGGGCAUAGAUAUGUGGAAGUGUUCAAAUCAAACAACGUGGAAAUGGACUGGGUUAUGAAGCACACUGGUCCGAACUGUCCAGAAACGGAGGGAGACGGACUGGUCAGAUUGCGCGGCCUUCCUUUUGGAUGUAGCAAGGAAGAGAUUGUGCAGUUUUUCUCAGGGUUGGAAAUCGUGCCAAAUGGGAUAACAUUGCCGGUGGACUUCCAGGGGAGGAGUACGGGGGAGGCCUUCGUGCAGUUUGCUUCACAGGAUAUAGCUGAAAAGGCUCUAAAGAAACACAAGGAAAGAAUAGGGCACAGGUAUAUUGAGAUCUUUAAGAGCAGCCGAGCUGAAGUGCGGACACAUUAUGAGCCCCCACGUAAAGGCAUGGGCAUGCAGAGACCUGGGCCUUACGACCGUCCCAGCGGAGGAGGCCGGGGCUACAACGGCAUGAGUCGUGGGGGAUCUUUUGAUCGAGUGCGACGUGGAGGAUACAGUGGAGGAGUGUCCGAUGGACGUUAUGGUGAUGGUGGUAAUUUUCAGAGUACCACGGGUCAUUGUGUUCAUAUGAGGGGACUCCCUUACCGGGCAACAGAACCUGACAUCUACAAUUUUUUCUCUCCUCUGAACCCGGUGCGUGUGCACAUUGAAAUUGGUCCAGAUGGACGGGUAACCGGUGAGGCAGAUGUGGAAUUUGCGACACAUGAAGACGCAGUAGCUGCAAUGUCAAAGGACAAAGCAAACAUGCAACACCGUUAUGUUGAGUUAUUCCUAAACUCAACAGCAGGAGGCAGUAAUGGGGGCUACGGGGGGCAGAUGAUGGGCGGAAUGGGAAACCAGUCGUCUUAUGGGCACGGAGGGCAGCAGAUGGGUGGAGGCUACACUGGAGGGUACAGCAACCAGUCCAGCAUGGGAGGCUACAAUGAUUACAACAGCCAGGGUGGAAUGAACAACAGUUAUUAUGGCGGCAGCCGUGGCUCAGUCGGCAUGAAUGGCAUGGGAGGAGGCUGGGGCAUGUAGAUGCACCUGAAGAAGUAUAUUUGAGUUUUGGGUCGUCUCGAUUCUGCUGAGGCUGUCUUUUUUUGUUCUUUGUGAUGAUGACUAUGGGAAGAAUCAGAUUCACUCCUUGCCCACCUUUGCUCUGAACCUCAACGUUGGAAUCAGUAUUAUAUUUCCUGCAAUUCCUGAGUUGAAGGUUCUGCCAUUGAUCUCAAGUCUUGGCGAUUGUCCACGAGCCCCACUAGUAAUGCUUGUAAAUAUCCUCCAGAAGUAUGGCUCACUUCAGAGACUGUAGAACACAAGCCUCGCAUGGCAUGAGGUCCUGCAACUCCACUUUUUAUAAUGCCGAAAGAACUUUGAUGAAACUGAUUUUUAAACAUAAACUGGAAAAUGUUUUUCUUUUCUUGUCUGGCUACUUCACAACAUGCAUAUUUUAAUUUUCAUUAUUGUAGAUGUUGCAGUUCCCUCUAUUGGUCUGUCUUUGACUUCUCCAUAUGUAUGGUUAAUAAACAUUCACAUAUGUA